AAUAUGUCACAUUUGAGUUGAGUCAUUUUAAAUGUAGUAAAAUUUACAUUUUUGUUAAUAUUUGUGUUAUAACGAAAUUAAUGGUCAAGAUUUUAUGUAAUUUAGUAAAAUGGCGUCUGAAAAAUCGUCGAGAAAAGGAUGCCCCAACCGUUUAACUCCACCAGAAUACUGUCCGUCAAAAAGAAAACAAGAAGCAAAGAAACAACGAGGUAGAUCUAAAUCUAGGAAAAGAGGGAGCAGUAGAGGAGGAAGACGAAGAUCUAGAAGAUCAGGAGGGAGAAGUAGCAGAAGAAGUAGUAGAAGAAUUAGUAAAAGUAAAAGAAGUAGCAGUAAAAGGAGAAGUAAAAGUGUAAGUGGGUGUCCGUGUCCAAAAUCACAUAUAAGAAGUAAAAGAAGACAAUCACAACGCAAGAGAUCGUCAAAGCAAAGAGGUAAAAGUGAAGGAAGAGGCCAAAAAUGCCACAAUCCGGGACCCAUGACAGUUAACCCGUUUUUUCAAUUUCUUACGAGAAUUUAGGAAGAGACACUGUGGAUGGCAUAUUACAAAAAUUGCAGUUGAAGGCGCAAAACAUUGGUGCCAAAUGUCUAAAGACGAAAAACGACGCUAUUAUACAGAGGCUUGUCAGAUGAUGAGCAAAGCGGGCAAACGUAAAAAGGGAGGAAAGGGAAAGAGCAGAAGGAGAAGAAGCAGGCGAAGAGGAUGAAGAAAGAAAAAUAAUAAAACAAAUGUAUAUGGUGAAAUUCUUGUCACGCUAAAGUGAAUGUGUUAAAAAACUUUGUAAAUGUAUUUAAUGCAUUCUAUUGUGGAAUAAAAAUUUAA